AUGCGCCCGAAAAAACCACCCAACGCCACACACAUGAGUUUGCUGGAAGUGUAUCUGAAUCCCAAGGUCUCCGUCUUGGAGGAGAAGUUCUCGUUGAUCCGCCAGUCCGACACAGACUUCAUUGGCAAGUAUCCGUUGGAGCCGUUCAAUGAAAACGGCCGUGGCACCUAUGGCGGCGAGUUUGUUGCCCAGUCGCUUGCCGCGGCGCUCGAAACAGUGCGGGAAAGCGAGUUCCACCCUCACUCUUUGCACUCGUACUUUCUCAAGGCGGGCCAGAAGGAGUCGCCCAUGCGAUAUGAAGUCACCACCACUUCGGAAGGACGCAACUUCUGCAACCGCUUGGUCAAGUGCUACCAGCUGCACACGAACCAGUUGUGUUUCAUUGCCAUGAUCUCGUUCAUGAAGAACAACUCGAUCGCCAAGCGCAAGAUCGAGUUUGCGGCGCUCGAAGAACACGAGAAGAGGCAUCCUCGCGCCAAAGUGCCGUUUGAGUUUCUGAGACAGCCCCACUUCACUUUCGACAAGUACAUCAACAAGAUCGACACGCUCCCGCAGAUUGUCCACACCAACGGCAACAUGCUGCAUGCCAUUCCGCCCGAAACGUACGAGCUCUCGUCGCACGAGGAAGGCAUGGAUGCGGGGUCCAAGGAGUUUGGGCUUUUCUUCAAAGUCAACGACAACUUGGACCUCGCGCGGGACAAGUUGAAGGCGCGGUUCGUGGACUUGGCCUUUGCCUCGGACUCGUUCUACCUCGGCACCUUGGCGCGGGCCAUGCACAUUCCCAUGACGGAAAAGGGCUCCACAGACUUCUUCCGCGUGUCCUUGGACCACGUGGUGUACUUCCACGACAUUGACUUUGACCCGACGGACUGGAUGUUCUUGGACUACAAGUUUGUGCGCAUGAGCAACGACCGGGUGUUGGUGACGGUGCUGAUCUUCACCCGGGACCGGCGUUUGAUUGCCUCGGUGACCCAGGAGGCGGUGGCUUUUCUUCCGUUGAGAUUGGUGGACCGAGCUCGCGGCGGCACCUAUAAGCUUUGA